ACUCACAAAUGAUAUUACCAUAUUAUUUUUGAGGGAAAAUAUUAUUUCUUUGAAAAUUAGGCAUUUUUUUCAAAAUAAAAACAGGCCUUUUAUUCGCACAUAUCCAAGAGUAAAAGAUGUAAGAUCAGCCCAUUAGGGAAAGCCUAGUCCAAACCCUAGUCCACCGACUCAUAUAUAAAUUAAAUAAAUUUCUCAAGAUCCAUUUUUUAACUUCCGGAAAAGCUUCACAGAGGUUUUCAUCUUCCAAGCAAAAAUGGGAAAAGGUACCGGAAGUUUCGGUAAGCGGAGGAACAAGACGCACACGCUGUGCGUGAGAUGUGGCCGCCGCAGCUUCCACCUCCAGAAGAGCCGGUGCUCCGCCUGUGCCUAUCCCGCCGCUCGCAUCAGAAAAUAUAACUGGAGUGUCAAGGCAAUAAGGAGAAAGACUACUGGAACUGGCCGCAUGAGGUAUCUUCGCCAUGUUCCCCGCAGAUUCAAGACCAACUUCAGAGAAGGUACUGCUGCUACUCCGAGGAGUAAGGGAGCGGCUGCAUCGUCGUAAAUUUCGUUUAUGCAGUUUUAGCAGACUUUUUUUCCUUCCGAAUUUGCCCUAAUUUUAUAUGCAAACAUGUGUUGUUCUGCUUGUAGCAGGUAUGCUUUUGUUUAUUGGGAGUAAAUUAUUUUCAACCAUAUUAUAUACUCUUUCUUCUUAUUCAGUUAAUAGAUCAUCUGAUUUUGGUGAAUGGUGAUCACAGGAAAAGAGGUUUUG